CCGCGCCAUUUUUAAGACUCUUAAAGUUUGACAUGCCUGUUGGCCACCAUGAUUGGCAUUCGUUGUAGUUGAAAGCAUCCUCACUUGUAUAUGCUUCUGAAAUCAGGUUAUGGUUAUGGAUUACAAACUUACAUACCCCAGUGGGACUGCCACAACAAUGUUGAUCAAUAGCUUUCACACUAAAAGUGGUGUAGAGCUUGCUGGGAAGCAAGUGCAAUGUCUUGGAAAGUAUCUAAGCAUGAGUUUAAUUUGGAGCUGCUUUAAGUGGUUCUUCAGUGGUAUUGGAGAUUCAUGUGGGUUUGACAACUUUCCUAGCCUUGGAUUGACACUUUUUAAGAACACGUUUUAUUUCGACUUCAGUCCUACUUAUGUCGGAUGUGGUCUUAUUUGCCCUCACAUAGUCAACUGCUCAGUACUUCUUAGGGUUAUCAUAUCAUGGGGUUUCCUUUGGCCUCUCAUAUCCCAACAUGCUGGGCACUGGUAUCCAACUGACCUUGGUAGCAAUGAUUUCAAAGGUCUUUAUGGAUAUAAGGUCUUCAUAGCUAUUGCCCUUAUUUUGGGGGAUGGUCUAUAGAAUUUGAUCAAGAUUAUAACCAUUACUAUCAAGGAAAUAUGCAAUAAAAGUAGUAAACAGAGCAAUCUUCCUUUGGUUAAAGAAAAGUUGGGUGAGUAUUCAUAUGAUGUCUAAUAUUCAUGGAUAAUUUAUUUGACACCCUUUAGUUCUUCACAUUGAAUCAUAUACGGAAGGCAUUAGUUCAGUGUUGAAUUUUUUUUUCCCCCUCUUCUUAGCUUGUAGUAGUUAUCUAGUAAUCUGGAUUGAGUUGUGAAGUAAGAGCAUAACUGGCUUAAACAUCAUUGUCAUUUAAUAUUGUUGUUGUAAUUAGGAAUGCUAAAGUAAAUUAUUUGACUUAAGAGUAGCACUCUAUAUGUAUUU